AUGACAGGCCGUCAAAAUGAAUACUUUAUCCCGGGCGACGGAAUCAGCCGAGAAGUGAUCCAAGCAGAUAUCUGCCGCUAUCUGGGAAAUGAUGCCCUCGUGAGACCUGGCAGCCAUGGUGGCCGCCCAGGUUUCUUCAUCCGUGCCUAUCGGAAUCUCACAUCUGAGAUGAUUGCUGAUUUAAAAGCUGACUCUGCCCGCUGGGAGGCGGAUGUAUCGCGUCGGGCUGACCUAGGCUAUCCCCGAGGUAGUUACAUUCAAGAUGUGAACUUAUCUCACACACCUAACACUGUCCCAGCGAACUAUGCCACAUCGGCCAUUCAUGAGGUUCGCCAGCAACAGGGGCCUUCCCCUCCUACAUUUAGUGCCGCACCGGCGCCGCAACCUUACAUGGACCCGUAUUCCCAGAGUCAAUACAGUGGAUCCCAAAAUGCUCCCUACAACAACCCUUCUUCCUACAGUUCGACUCACUCGCCUUAUGGAUCAACCCAGGCUCCUUACCCUCCGCCUCAGGUCACUUAUUCUGGUUCCCAACCCGUUGUAACGACGGCGGAUAUGCACCCCUCUUCCUAUACCUACUCGGCCUCCGGCUACGGUUACGAGGGUAGUGGCAGCCGAAAUGCUCCCAGGUAUCCGGGACCAGGUUAUGAUGCCGAGUCGGACUAUUCCCCUGUGACUUCCGGGAUGGCCUACCCGGCUACCACUGCUCCGGAUCCCCGGAUAGGAGGUGGAGGAAUGGAAGCCAGAUAUACUCCGGAAUACGAGCGCAGUAGACCGCAACAAACUACCCGGGAACGGGACCCUCAUCGCCGGCGGUAA